AUGGCUGAGAACUUGACUGCUCCAAAUUUCAACAGGCGAUGGAACCCACCCCAAGUGUCGAAAUUUGCAGAAAAAGCCCGCCUGAUCGGCUGGUAUUUGCGAGAGACUGGCAUCUGGUGCGAGACGACGGACUCGGAAAGGCAUUUCACUGUACGAAGUAUUCACGAGAUGAUGAAGUCGACGGCCUUUGUGGCUGCUGCCAUGUCCCUGGCCUCGCGCCAGUUGGACCAUGUGGAGCGUCAACAACGGCCAGUCACUCUUGAAUUAUACCAGUACACUAUCCAACUGCUUCUCCGACAGCAUGCUGUGAAGUCAGAUGCCUCCAUGCUGGCUGCCUGUACCCUGCUCUGUGUAUAUGAGAUGAUGGCUUCCGAGGUUCAUGAAUGGCGACGACAUUUGAAGGGCUGCGCUGGUCAUCUCCAGGCAAAAGGGUGGAACGGGUCAGCGAAUGGUAUCGUUAAGUCCUGUUUCUGGGCAUUUCCUCGAAUAGAUGUCUGGGCCGCCUUUGUUAGUGAAAAAACAACAUUGAUACCCACGGACUUUUGGCUCGACGAUAUGUCAAUUGAGUCCGUUGCAGCCAAGGGAGAUGUGGACGAAUAUUGCAAUUUGGCCAAUCUUAUUUUUGCCAAGAUUGUCAAUCUGCGAGCCACUGGAUAUCAUGCCACUGCAGUGCGGAGUUUAUGGGAUGAGCUACAGACCUGGUACCACCUUCGUCCGCAGUCGGUAGUUUGUGGCAACACGUUUCACCAUACAGGUUGCAUCCUGCUUCUUCAGACUGGAAUUCUUCCAGUUGCUAUGGGUACACCGUUCCUUGAAGAGACUGUAAGUCCACUGUUUGUUGCUGGUACGGUCUUUAGUAGUGGCCCGGGCGCCCGGGGACUAGAUCACAACAUACCAUCAGGACGUAGCAGUGGUAGGGCUGAGAUCACUUCUGUAGCUGACGUGGAGGACCUGUAUUCUACCGAAAAGAUACUGCUUCUAAAGCAUCUCGCUCGGAUUGAGCGGGAAAGUGGUUGGAAGACCUCGGAUCACGCUGCUACUUUACGGACACUCUGGGGGCUGGAAUAGUCCAGGUGUGUUCUGUGAUCGGAUGAUGUACAGGUUGCCAAGAAUAGUAUAGAUAUCAUCGUCUGCAUUCUUCUUAUUCAAGGCAAACAAACAUCACGAGCACAUCACCGACUCCCCUGCAUCAACGGCCUCAAAAACCCCAGCACACACUCCUGCACCCCCGCCGAAUCAUGCGCCACGCCCUCCACCACAUCCAAUCUCGCCUCAAUCCCCUCCUCCCUCCAACUCCUCCACAACUGCUCCAACGUCUCCGACCGGCCCUGAUCCAUCAACACCACCCCCUCCCCCCUCUCCAUGGCAUCCUUCUCCUCCC